AAAGUAAGAAUGAAGGUGUUCGUAACAGUGUUGUUUUUUAUUCACCUGACUGAAUGUCUCAUCAGGAUUCCUCUGACCCGUUUCAAGCCAAUUAGAAAAGUCCUGAGAGAACGUGACCAACUGAAGGAAUUUCUAAGACAUCAUCAAUUUGAAGCUUUUGCCGAGAAAUAUCAAAGCUGCUACCCUUCUAAACUUGUCAAGACUCAUGAGGGCACAGCGUUUGAACACUUAUCAAAUUAUAUGGAUGCCCAAUAUUAUGGAGAGAUUGGUAUUGGAACUCCUCUUCAGAAAUUUACAGUCGUGUUUGAUACCGGCUCUUCUAAUCUCUGGGUGCCCUCAGCCUACUGUAUCAGUGAGGCAUGCAAAAUGCAUGAACAAUUUAAAUCCUUUCACUCCACAACAUAUGCUCCCAGAGGCAAUCAGUUUUCCAUACGAUAUGGUACAGGACAACUUGCAGGAGUGCUGGGUAAAGACAUGGUCAGAAUCGGCAACAUUACCAUCCGAGCACAAGAAUUUGGUGAAUCUGUCUUUGAGCCAGGUUCAACUUUUGCUGUUGCACAGUUUGAUGGUAUUUUGGGGCUAGGGUAUCCUUCAAUAGCUGAAGGUGGAGCCCUUCCAGUGUUUGAUAGAAUGAUGCACCAAAAUCUGGUGGUGGAACCAAUAUUUUCUGUUCUAAUAAACAGAGAAAUGGACAGUGACUAUGGCGGUGAAUUGUUGUUGGGAGGUAUUAACCAUGAAUGUUAUACAGGUUCAAUCAAUUGGGUUCCUGUCACAGAAAGAGGCUACUGGCAAAUCAGAAUGGAUAAUGUAAAGAUUGAUGGGAUGCUUACUUUGUGUAUAAAUGGAUGUGCCGCUAUUGUCGACACUGGAACCUCUUUGAUUACUGGCCCUGAAAAAGAAAUAAGAAAGCUGCACAAACAACUCGGUGCCAUGUCAGUUGGCGAUGGAGAGUAUGUUGUAGACUGCAAAAGGAUAUCUAGCAUGGCAAGUGUGACUUUUACUAUUGGAGAAGUGGAAUUUUCAUUAAGUCCAAACGAUUAUGUGAAAAAGUUUCAAGGUGAUCACUCACUGUGCCUAAGUGGCUUCCAGGAAAUGGAUAUGGUGACCAGGGCAGGACCAUUAUGGAUUCUGGGAGAUGUUUUUCUUACAAAAUUCUACACCAUUUUUGACCGGGGAAAUGAUCGAGUGGGAUUUGCCAGAUCUCAUCCUGUUUGAGAUAAUACAGGACCAAAACGCCAAAAGUGAAUGGUUUCUUUUUUAAUAUGUAAUUAAUAAAACUGUCCACAAUCAUUUGAAGGU